AUGCAGUGGGUGAAGGUGCUUGGGGGGGCGGUGGGGGCCGCUGCCCUCUUGGGGCUGGGGAUCAUCCUGGGCCACGUUGCCAUCCCCAUAGAGGCCGAUGUCCCAGCCCCCAGCAUCUCCCAGGACCUGGAUCUGGAGAUCCUUGAGACCGUCAUGCAACAUCUGGAUGCCAGCAGGAUCCGGGAGAACCUCAGAGAACUCUCCAAGGAGCCUCACCUGGCCUCCAGCCCCCGAGAUGAGGCCCUUGUGCAGGUCCUGCUGCAGCGCUGGCAGGACCCGGAGUCGGGCCUGGACUCGGCUGAGGCCCCCGCCUACCAAGUGCUGCUGUCCUUCCCCGGCCAGGAGCAGCCCAACCUCGUGACCGUCGUGAGUCCCACCGGGAGGGUCCUCUUUUCCUGCCGCCAGAGUGAACAGAACCUGACUGGGGAGCAGGCGGGGCCCGACGUGGUACCACCAUAUGCUGCCUACGCUCCCCCGGGGACCCCCCAGGGCCUCCUCGUCUAUGCCAACAGGGGAACGGAAGAAGACUUUACGAAUCUACAGACUCAGGGCAUCAAACUGGAAGGCACCAUUGCACUGACCCGCUACGGGGGUGCAGGACGCGGGGCCAAGGCUGUGAACGCUGCCAAGUACGGGGUCGCUGGGGUGUUGGUAUACACGGACCCCGCAGACAUCAACGACGGGCUGAGCUCCGCCAAUGCGACCUUCCCAAACUCCUGGCACUUGCCUCCGUCCGGGGUGGAGCGAGGCUCCUACUUUGAGUAUUUGGGGGAUCCCCUGACUCCCUACCUUCCAGCCAAUCCCUCUUCUUUCCGCCUGGACCCUGAUGCUGCCCCUGGAUUUCCUCCAAUUCCCACUCAACCCAUUGGCUUCGAUGAUGCAAAAAUCCUUCUCUGUAACCUCCAGGGAAUCGUGGCCCCGGCUGCCUGGCAGGGAGCACUGGGUUGUGACUACAGGUUGGGGCCUGGCUUCCGGUCUGAUGGUGACUUCCCAGCAGACAGCCAGGUGAACGUGAGUGUCCACAACCGCCUGGAGCUGCGGAACUCCUCCAACGUCCUGGGGAUCAUCCGCGGCGCCGUGGAGCCGGACCGCUAUGUGCUGUACGGAAACCACCGGGACAGCUGGGUACACGGGGCCGUGGACCCCAGCAGUGGCACGGCCGUCCUCCUGGAGCUCUCCCGAGUCCUGGGGACCCUGCUGAAGAAGGGCACCUGGCGUCCCCGCAGAUCAAUAGUGUUUGCAAGCUGGGGGGCAGAGGAGUUUGGGCUCAUUGGCUCCACAGAAUUCACCGAGGAAUUCUUCAGCAAGCUGCAGGAGCGCACCGUGGCCUACAUCAACGUGGACAUCUCGGUGUUUGCCAAUGCCACUUUGAGGGCGCAGGGGACGCCCCCGGUCCAGAGCGUCAUCUUCGCUGCCACCAAACAGAUCCCUGCACCAAGCCCUGUUGGCCUCAGCAUCUACGACAACUGGAUCCGGUAUUCCAACCGUAGCAGCCCAGCCUACGGCCUGGUCCCCAGCCUGGGCUCUCUGGGUGCCGGCAGCGACUAUGCACCGUUCGUUCACUUCCUGGGCAUCUCCUCCAUGGACAUCGCCUACACCUAUGACCGGAGCAAGACCUCAGCCAGGAUCUACCCCACCUACCACACGGCCUUCGACACCUUUGGUUACGUGGACAAAUUUGUGGACCCUGGCUUCGGCAGCCACCAGGCUGUGGCCCGGACAGCAGGGAGCGUGCUUCUUAGGCUCAGUGACAGCCUCUUUCUUCCGCUGAAUGUCAGUGACUAUGGAGAGACCCUCCGAAGUUUCCUGCAGGCUGCCCAGCAGAACCUGGGGGCCCUGUUGGAGCAGCACAGCAUCAGCCUGGGGCCUCUGGUGACUGCAGUGGAGAAGUUUGAGGGAGCAGCUGUGGCCUUGGACCAACACAUAUCAGCGCUGCAGAAGGGCACCCCUGACCCCCUGCAGGUCCGGAUGCUCAACGACCAGCUGAUGCUCUUGGAACGGACCUUCCUAAACCCGCGAGCCUUCCCAGAGGAACGCUACUACAGCCACGUGCUCUGGGCACCCCGCACUGGCUCCGUAGCCACAUUCCCCGGCCUGGCCAAUGCCUGCUCCAGGGCCAUGAACACAGGCCUUGGAUCCACAGCCUGGGCUGAAGUGCAGAGGCAGCUCAGCAUCUUGGUGGUGGCCCUGGAGGGCGCAGCAGCCACCCUAAGGCCUGUGGCUGACCUCUGACCCCAGCUCCCCACCGUCCUUCAACCUAUCCCACUCCAAUUUUUCUUGGGUGUGUCCCAGUCUUCCUUGAUGCCAACCUGAGGCACAAUCAUGGGACCCUAUUAAGCUUCUGAGACAACAGCUUAGGGUCCCACCAGUUGUGGACACCUGAGGGGAGGGAAGCCUUCCUCAUUCUGGCUCUUGGUUGGCAAAGGGUGAAGAACAGGAGACAGGAAUGGUGGGGAGUGGUGCUCUUGGUGUGGGUGAGUAAGGAUGGGAUGCAUAAUGCCAACGAGAGCUACCCCUCAGGGACCAGCAGGGAAACUGAGGCCCAGGAUGGAUAGUCUGGGUUCUUCUCCCCGUACACCCCUAUCGUGUCUCAACUCCUCCCUGCUCUCCCCCAA